AUAACCCGGAUGUAAAAUAGUGGCGCAGACCAGUAUGUGGUUUAAACUGCGGUAUAAUAUAACGUGAAUGUGUAAAGUAGUCAAUAUUAACAGCUAGAGCAAAUAAAUAUUAAUUUAUAGCUUAAAAGACUAGUAGGUUAUCCUGUCAGUAAGCCACUAUGCUUCCACUGUCUUUACUGAAAACAGCACAGAACCACCCUAUGCUGGUGGAGCUGAAGAACGGGGAGACGUACAACGGUCAUCUGGUCAGCUGUGACAACUGGAUGAACAUCAAUUUAAGAGAAGUCAUCUGUACCUCCCGGGACGGAGAUAAGUUCUGGAGGAUGCCCGAAUGCUAUAUCCGAGGAAGCACGAUCAAAUACCUGCGCAUCCCUGACGAAAUCAUCGACAUGGUGAAAGAGGAAGUCGUGUCUAAGGGCCGCGGCCGGGGUGGCAUGCAGCAGAAUAAACAGCAGGGAAAGGGCAGAGGAGGCGGAGCUGGACGAGGUGUGUUUGGUGGCCGGGGAAGAGGCAUGCAAGGAGCUGGUCGUGGACAGCCACAAGACAAAAAGCCCGGAAAACCACAGGGCGUCAAAAACCAGCACUGAACGCAAACACCAUACUUCCUUUCAUUUUUUUUUUUCCCUUUCAUCGUUUUCUUCUUCUCACCAGAUGAGAGGGUCUAACAUGACACUGAACAUUAACAUUUUUCCCACCCACUGAGUCAAAUGUUAAAUGCAUCUUUUUUGGGAGGGGGGGUACAGAUUUCUAUAAAACAAACUUUUCCUGUGUCGUAAAUUACCAUUCUGUUUUUUAUUAUUUUAUUUUUUUUAUUUUAAAAGCACCUAGUCCUCUUGAUGUGAAAAUGAAGCUUAUUUUGAGCUCCUUUCUCAAUUUCAUUAAUGAUCAAUUAGCAGAAAAAUCUACAUUCUGAUCAUUUAAAUAUCGGAUGCCGUGAAAUUGCGAAUUUGGGUUAAACAAUCUGUAAAAUGGCAUCCAGUUUGCCUCAAUGGUAGAAAAUUGUCAUUUUUUUCCCCCCCAUUUCAAUCUCAGUUUUGGUUUUUGGUUUCAGCGUUUCCUUUCUGAUUUGUCUUUUUCCAGCAGACAUGGAGAAGUGCUGUAAAUUCUGUGAAGUAGACUUAAUAAAUAUUUUUUUUUUUGUUAA